CGCUAAUGUGCGGUGGGCGGCACCAACAUGGCGGCUCUCUGAGUUUGCGAAGAGAAAUUGAGGUGUAAAUAAACUAUUCGUGCACACUUUGCACAACUUAGCAGCUUAUUUCGCCACUUUCAUUUAUGAGCGAGUACUCUGAAGCCAAAAGAUGUCAGGUGACGGCAGCAAAAAACAGUUCUGGAAGAGAAACACAGCCAAGGUUCCUGGGAAUAUCCAGCAUGUUUAUGGAGCCCAACAUCCCCCAUUUGACCCUUUGCUACAUGCCAAAACUGUGCUAGAAGUGGGUGUUGAACAGGCAGUACUACACAGACAGCAUUCACUCCCACACAGGCCUGUGAUUCCACUGGUGGCCCGCAUGGCGGAUCAGAACACAUCCGGAACUCCUGCCAUGACCGAGAGAGAGGCGUCAAGACUCGACAAGUUCAGGCAGGUUCUGGCGGGACCUAAUACUGAUCUGGAGGAGCUUCGGAAGUUGAGCUGGUCUGGAAUUCCGCGGCAGGUGCGCCCAAUCACAUGGAAGCUACUCUCAGGGUACCUGCCAGCCAAUGCAGAGCGGAGAGAAAGCACAUUGCAUAGAAAGCGGCAGGAAUAUUUUGGCUUUAUUGAGCAGUACUACGACUCCCGUAAUGAUGAACACCAUCAGGACACAUACAGACAGAUUCACAUUGACAUACCGAGAACUAAUCCUCUUAUACCUCUCUUUCAACAAGCUUCUGUGCAAGAGAUCUUUGAGCGUAUUCUGUUCAUCUGGGCGAUACGACAUCCAGCCAGUGGUUACGUUCAAGGCAUCAAUGACCUUGUCACACCCUUCUUCGUUGUUUAUGUUUUCGAGUAUAUCGAGGAAGAAGUGGAAAAUUUCAAUGUUUCCAGCUUGCAGGAAGAGGUGUUGCAGAACAUCGAGGCUGACAGCUUCUGGUGCAUGAGCAAGCUCCUGGACGGGAUUCAGGACAAUUACACCUUCGCCCAGCCUGGGAUCCAGAGGAAAGUGAAGGCACUGGAGAAGCUGGUCAGCCGGAUUGAUGAGACGGUACAUCGCCACAUGCAGCAGUAUGAGGUGGAGUAUUUGCAGUUUGCCUUCCGCUGGAUGAACAACCUGCUUAUGAGAGAACUUCCUCUGCGCUGCACCAUUCGACUGUGGGACACUUGUCAGGCAGAGCCUGAAGGAUUCUCUCAUUUCCAUUUGUACGUGUGCGCUGCCUUCCUGGUGAGAUGGAGGAAAGAGAUACUAGAGGAAAAGGAUUUCCAGGUAAAGAUCCGAAUGAAAGAGGCACAAGGCCAUGUGCAGUUGAACAUUGGCUAUGAGCUGCCCGCGUCUUCCCUGCGGAGUAGCGCGGCAGGUUACAGACAGCCAAAUGUCAACCCCUGA